UAGGCGCACGCGGCGCGUUUGCCGUUAACAUUAUAUUAAUAAACAAGUAUUUUAAUUCAUUUAUAGUACUUGUGUGCUGAUUCGAUUUUUUUAAUCUAAAUAGCGAAUCAAAUGUGAAUUAGUGACAGCUUCAGUUUUCGUAAUUAGAAUUCGACGAAAAGGAAAUUGCAAGAAAUUUAUCAUUCGAAAAGAUUAUGCGCAGAUUUUUUUAAAAAUGGCACCCCAAGAACGUACCCCUUAUGUGGCCGAAGAAGAGAGCCAUCCGGACUCGUCGAAGGACUUGCAAAACGUCAAUUUGGGCGGGAGUUACGUUAACAGCGCCUAUCAAAAUGACAGUUCCGAUAAUGUUGCCAUACCGAAAAACGCAGAGAGUGCUGCCAACAAUAACAACAACGAAAAACCGAAGAAGGAGACGGAUUUCGAUGACCUAUUGCCGCAUGUCGGAGAAUUUGGACUGUACCAGAAGAUUCUGUUCAUGCUCAUGAUCCCUUUUGCGUUUUUCGUUGCCUUCGUUUAUUUCUCGCAAAUAUUCAUGACCCUAACGCCGGAGCAACACUGGUGCUGGGUACCUGAGCUGGCAAACCUAACAGCGGAAGAACGGCGAGCGUUGGCGAUACCACCCAAAACGGACGGCCCAUUCGCCCAUGACAGGUGCCACAUGUUCUCAACCGACUGGGCUAAAGCUUUGGCUGAAGGCAGAACGACACCAGAUGAUGAAUGGCAGAUCGUCCCAUGCGAUAAAGGCUGGGAGUACAACAAGAGCGAUGUUCCUUACGACACAAUCGCUUCACAGCUGGACUGGGUGUGCGAGAAAGACAAUCUGGCGGCCACUGCCCAGGCUAUCUUCUUCUGCGGCGCCAUCGUGGGCGGACUUGUGUUCGGCUGGAUCGCGGAUAAAUAUGGAAGAAUACCAGCUUUAGUUGGCACGAAUUUGAUUGGGUUCGUCGCCGGCGUUGCGACUGCCUUCUGCAACAGCUUCUGGUCGUUCGCGCUGUGCCGGUUCCUGGUGGGGCUGGCCUUCGACAACUGCUUCACCAUGAUGUACAUCUUAGUUCUAGAGUACGUCGGCCCAAAAUGGAGGACGUUUGUGGCCAACAUGUCCAUAGCGUUGUUCUUCACUUUGGCUGCUUCUCUGCUACCCUGGAUCGCGCUGUGGGCAGACGACUGGCGGACAUUCGCACUGGUCACAUCUGCACCUUUCAUCAUUGCUAUUGCAACACCCUGGCUCGUCCCGGAAAGCGCAAGAUGGCUGGUCUCACAAGGAAAAAUAAACAAAGCCUUGUUUAUAAUGAAGAAAUUCGAAAGGAUCAACAAGACUAAAAUACCUGAGAAGGUCCUAAGUGAAUUCACGGAAUCAUCAAUAAAAGCCAUCAAGGAAUCAGAAUCUCAGUCAAAGACCUAUUCCGUCUUGGACCUGUUCAGGACGCCGCGAUUGCGAAGGAACUCGAUCUUGCUCAUCGUUAUAUGGAUGGCCAUUUCCUUGGUCUUCGACGGUCACGUGAGGAACGUAGGUUCUCUGGGCUUGGACAUAUUUCUGACGUUCACAAUAGCUUCGGCCACCGAGCUACCGGCUGAUACGUUUUUGACGGCGGUGCUUGACAGAUGGGGCAGGAGAUGGUUGGCAUGUGGUUCUAUGGUGGUCAGCGGAGUUUUCAGUCUCCUCGCCACAGCAGUUCCCGUUGGAGGUCCAUCGGCAUCUCUGGCCAUCUUGGGCCGAUUCGCCGUGAACAUCUCAUACAACAUUGGCCUUCAGUACGCGGCUGAGCUGCUGCCCACGGUCGUUAGAGCCCAGGGCGUCGCUCUGAUCCACAUCAUGGGCUACGUUGCGUCGAUUCUGGCCCCGUUUGUGGUUUAUUUGGCUAACAUCUCACCGGAUUUACCGCUGUUGAUCUUGGGUGCCCUCGGCGUGGUGGGCGGCAUGCUGUGCCUUUUCCUACCGGAGACUAUGGACACGGAGAUGCCCCAGACCCUGCAAGAUGGAGAGGACUUCGGCAAGGACCAGCAGUUCUGGGACAAUCCUUGCUUCCCUAGAAAAUCAAAAUCGGACGACCUGCAAGAACAAUAUCGGAAGAGACCUUCGGUUUCUCCGAUUCGAGAGGAAACAAAGGACUUCAUCAGGGCGAUGCCGAGUGCUAUAAGCUCUAGAGCUUCAAUACGAGCCUCCGUCAGAGCUUCGACCAGAGGAUCGACGAGAAGACGUAACGAAAGUCAAAACGUAGUCUGAUGCAUUUGUCAAAGAGCAGCGUGGAUAAAAAUUCUCAAUUCGUAACUGAACAUUAAUAAAAUUCUUCAGUUCAGAAGCGUCUCCGAAGAAAAGCCAUUAAGCAAUGCACGGCCAUGUUCCAAGUCCAAGAUGUAACGGUAGAUUGAACCAGAGACCCGUCUAUAUCUCAAGAUCUAUGGCUUGCAAGCUUGCGAGACUCUUAAGAUACUAAAUAAAGUACAUUUGAAUAAUAUUAAGUUCACCGCAAAUCGAAAAAAGGGAAACGCUAAUGGCUAAAACUUAACUCGGUUGUAAACAGUAAAUUUCCAUACUUUAUACGCAACAUUUUUGGCUUAUCAUAAAUAUUGGCGUAAUAAUGAACUCCAGUUACAGAUUGGGAUAAAUACUGUAAAGCGUGCGUUAUCUGUGAUUUUAAAGUUACCAUUGUAGAUGUGAAGCCGGCUUUAUCUGAGGAAUUCUUUUAGGAUUUGUAGAAUAUAGAGACAUUUAUAGAAUUAACCAUUUUGCUUAAACGUUUGUGCAUCACUGCGUAGCUAGAAUGUUACGGAAUGAUGCUGUAUAAAUCCAAUUGUAAACUCUUCAAGUUUAAGGGCGCUUUUAUCUCCAAAUUCAGUAUAACACGUUUGUGCAUCACUGCGUAGCUAGAAUGUCGCGAAAUGCUGCAUAGACACAACUGCAAACUCUUGAAGUUUGAGGUCACUUUAACUUCAAAUUGAAAAUGUAAUUGGAUUUCUUCAAUUCAUAGCAUCAGGUGUAUUUCAGAAACAUCCUGACCAGAGCCAAACAUCGAUCCGGUCUUAAUUAACUAAAAUCAAAGCUGUAUAUAGUCGGUGUAGCUCUGUAGUAAUGAUAGAACACAAAUUGAACAAAGGAUUAAAUAAGUCAUAUGAAUGUAUUCCCGCUUUGACUUUCUAAAUAGUUUGACACAAUUUUUAAAUAACUCUCAUUCUGUAUAUCAAUUUCUCUUUCUGUCCUAAAUUCCAUAGCAUUAGAACUCGUGUUUGAAAUAUCCCGACUCAGCGCGCCAAGAGUGCUUCUAGAAGGUUCGCUUGUUCGAAGCUUUAAGCAACUUAACAAGCUGCCCGUUUGCCUGAAGCUAAACAACGCGAUUCACUAUUUAUUUCUUCGUUAACUUCUUUGUCUUCUUCAUUUACAUCUUCCGUCUUUGUUAUAAGGUUCAAAUUUAUUUCAAUAUUGCUACUUAAAGUCUCGCGUGUUACCUACUUCGCUUUUCGUGGGUCAUCUGCCCAUUUAACCCUUUGACUGCCAUAUAGGUAUAUGUCAUAUAGGAUCAGAGCCCUACGCGGUGCCCUGAAGAGUUUAUUUUAAUUUCUGCGUAAUAUCUAUUAGAUUCUGGGAAAGAUGAUUCCGAAGGUACUGAGAAUCAAUCUAUUUAUAGAUCUAAAACAUACAUUAACAAACAAAAGAAGGUAAAAUUAGGCAAUCCAGGAGCAUAGGAACAGAUAUCGUGUAGUCACU